AUGUGGAACCAAGCGCUCCGGCGGGUCGUGCGCGCCGAGGAGCGGCAAUGCGACACGCGACGGCGACAGCAGCUCGCACAAGCUGCUGCAUCCUCUGCCUCUACGUCCUCAUCCGCUGCCUCUGCACCAUCUUCUUCUACCGUCCCACCAGUCUCAACAGCCGCUGCGACGACUUCACCCAUCCCAUCGAUCCACGAGACUGCGCCGACAGGAGCACCCGAUGGCGACAAGAGACAGGCGCGCGACGCCGCAAAUAGUGUGGACCACGUCCAACCCGACACACUCCGAGCCCACACGGCCGACACUAACAUGGACAAAGCGGGCAAAAACAAGGACAAAGCGGGCAAAAACAAGGACAAAGAGGACGAUAACAUGGACAAAGAGGACAAUAACAAGGACAAAGAGGACAAUAACAAGGACAAAGAGGACAAUAAGGACAAUGAGGACAGAGAGGACAAAGGGGACAAAGCGGACAAUAACAUGGACAAUGAGGACAAAGACGAGGACGAGGACGAAGACGAAGACGGCGAUGACUACUUGCAGAAGCACUUGUUGUCGCAGUCGACGUCGGUCUGGCGCUGCUUGGAGGACACGCAGCAGGCCAACUGCUUGGCGCUCAAUGCCCCGCACUCGCUCUUGGCCGUGGGCGAGCGGGACGGCCGGGUGACCAUUUGGGACAACACGACGAUCCGUGUGAUUACGCGGGAGUUGGACCCGACGCUGAUUGCGCUGCCGACGAGCGAGGCAGUGACGCACGUGGAAAAAAGGGACGGACCGAGCGAUGGGACGGUCAAGCAGAUGGAUGCAGGGGGAGCAGAGCCGCAGAAGGGGCUGAACGAGGGUCUCGUCGCUGGAAACGGGUCAGUGGAAGGCAGGAUACAGGACGGAGAAGACGAGAAAGGAGAAGAGGAAGAGAAGACGAAGACGUUGAUGCGGGAGAGAUUGGUGGAUAAUGAGGCAGACAGUGCGCGGAUCGAGGAGAGGCAAGAGACGACGAGUGGAGGUCCGCUAUUGACGUCCAUGGACCUUCGCGUAGCAAAGACGGCGUUGAAAGUCGUCACGCAGUGCGCGUGGUCGUGCGACUCGCAGUGGCUGUUUGCAGGCUGCGAAGAGAAAUCAACGCGACGAGCGAGGCUGUGUGUGUGGAACGUGGAGGCCGCGACGCUCGUGUCGGCGUUUCAGUUUGACGGCACGAUCACCGCACUAAGUGCCCAUCCCCGUGACCCGAAGCUGGUCGUUGUGAGUCAUUGGAACUCCCGUCCGGUACUACUGGACGUUGUGUCGGGCAUGCGCACGGUACUGGAAAGUGUGCCGCUGGAGAAUGAAGAGAUCACGCAAUCGACGCCUCAGAGCAAUUCGAAACACCCUUUGCUUGCAUCUUGCGCGCGCUUCGGACGAUCCGGGAAACGCAUUUACUGCGCCACGUCGAAGUCAACGCUGGCUGUGCUGGACGCUGCUACUUUGCAGUGUCUUGACAGCCUCAAGUUGAGCGUGGUCAUCCAGUUUGUGGAUCUUCGCGUGAACCUACGCGAGACAGCCAUGUUACUGACCAGCUCAAAAGGCAUUCACGAGUUUGCCAUGGAUCCAGCUGUAGAAGCUGGCACCUCAAAGCAUGCGCGUGAUGCAGCAUGCGCUGCUGCGACGGAGGACCAUUCACUAGGGGUGCGUGAGGUGGCAUUACACUCGACCGGUGCAGUGCGUGCGCCGUGGGCAGUUUGCUGCUUUAGUGGUGGAGAGGAGUUUGUGGUCGGCACGCCUGUGGUGCGCCAUCGACACGUAGGUGAAAACGGUCUGUUCACGUGGCAUCGUGCCUCGAAUCACGGCAAAACAACGGCCCAGCACAAUGCUGGUGUGAAGGACGGUGUGUUGGCACUUGCGUGGGAUCGUUUGAGACAGAGCGUGCUCGCUGUUUCGACAAGUGGGGCUUUGCAUGUGCUUGAGGAGCAGUUUACGACAACGUGGCCAGGAGCAAUGUAUCCCGCAGGCUUUCGUCUCAUCACUGACAACGAAGUGCAUCUAGACGUGUUCGACCGCGACGCAGAAGAGCGAAAGCGUGAGAAGGAAGAGCUCACUGAAGCAGCAAAGCGUUCGCCCGUUGACGUGUUUACUAUGAAGAGCCCGAGCGCUCAGUUUCCGAGCGAAUAUGAUACCAUCGAUCCCGAGAUGGUGGUCAAUAAGCUGUGCUACAUUCCAGCCAUUCCAAUCGAACAUUACCAUCGUCAACAUCUGCACCAAGUCCAUGAAGGAGGCCAUAACGAAGACAACGACUUUGGUCUUGGCCAAAGCAUUUUCGAGCCGCUCAAGAGUGCGUUGGUCGAACAUGACAAGAAAAACGCUCGGAAAUCCCGAAACAGUAGUGCCAAAAACCCGAAACGGCGGCGCAGAUGA